AUGGAAGAUACGGUCCGGACCGAUGUCUUGAUCGUCGGGGCCGGCCCGGCCGGUUUGAUGGCCGCGGCCUGGAUGGCUCAAAUGGGAGUGAAAACUAUAAUAAUUGACCAGAGGUCGCAGCAGACGCGAUGUGGGCGAGCGGACGGACUGGAGAGUCGAACACUGGAAAUCCUGGAUAGUUUUGGGCUCGCGGAUAAAGUUUGGGCUCAAGCAAAUCAUACAAUGGAGAUUGCUUUAUGGGGCGAUACAGAAGAUGGCGGUUUGCAAAGACAAAGCGUUACUGCGAAUGCCAAACCUGGAUGGUCCCGAUUCCAGGAGUCUACGCUUAGCCAGGGGCAAAUAGAAGAAUAUCUGAUGGAAUACGUGCAAGCUCAAAGACACAUCGAAGUAAAGCGGGAAACAACUCCUACUUCAUUCGAGAUCGAUCACGAGACUAUCGAUGAUCACGAUGCGUUCUCUAUCCGUGUCAAUCUUGAGAACGUGCCAUCGAAUUCGAAUUCCGAGACCCCGCCUGAUAGCCCGGAAAGUUCGGACAGCGGGCUUAGCAAUGCUCUCUCGUAUGACUCCGGAUAUGCAGGAAUGGGGAAAACUGUUGAAGCCAAAUAUAUUCUGGGCUGCGAUGGAGCUCAUAGCUGGCUUAGGAAGCAACUUGGGCUAAGUCUUGAAGGGGAAAGCUAUGAUGAUUCGUGGGGUGUCGUUGAUAUUAUUCCCUUGACGGAUUUUCCCGAUAUCAGAAAGCGCUUCAUUAUCAAAUCAAAACACGGAACACUCAUGACAAUUCCACGAGAGCGAAAGCUUGUUCGCAUUUACGUGGAGCUUCCACCUGAUGUUGCCGACAGGUACCGUGCAGAAUCCGAUCCCGGCAUACUCAUGGAGCAAGUCGCAAUAAUUAUGCAGCCAUAUACCAUAAGUACAAGACAUGUUGAAUGGUCAACCAUAUACACUAUUAACCAACGCAUCUGCCGAAAGAUAGGUAUACAUAACCGUGUAUUCCUUGCCGGAGACGCUAUCCACACGCACUCUCCAAACGCAGGACAAGGUAUGAACGUCAGCAUGCAAGAUACGUUCAAUCUUGGCUGGAAAAUAGCCUCAGUGAUCAAGGGAGUAUUGCAUCCACGGAUCUUGGGGACGUAUCAACAAGAACGGCUACCCAUCGCGGAACGAUUGAUCGCAUUAGACCGGCGAAUAUGCAAAGGAAUGUGUAGCCUGCGAAACGGAAAUCAAGGGGCCAAGCACGGCAGCUUCGAUGAGGACCACAAGCGGGCACUUAGAGAGGAGAACUCUUCAAUGUCAGGCCUAGCUGUGAAUUAUCACCCUAAUUCUUUAGUCACGUCAACGACUUCCGAUACUCCAGUACCCAAAGACGUGGCGGAUUGCAUCAGCAGACCAUUUGUGGCCACAAACCUCCAAGUUGGCAUGCGAUUUCCCAGCGUGAUUAUUGUUAACCAAAGUGACUCGCAAGCAUGUCAUCUACAACAAAUCAUUCCCAGUACAGGACAAUGGAAUCUGAUCAUUUUCGGGGGUGACAUUGCGAGAGCGGGCCAAAAGCGCCGUGUUGAAGGUCUUGCGGAUGCCCUCGAUUCCCCAUAUUCGGUUUUCCAGAAGCUGAAUAACCCAGCUUCCGUGGCACGACGUGGAUUUCCAGCCCUUGGUGUGUAUCUUGUUCACUGUGCGGAUAGGCUUAACAUUGAGCUCAACGAUCUGCCAAUGAUUUUCCGUCCUUGGACAACAGAAGGCGUAGACUAUAGCAGGGUCUGGGCGGAUUGUGAAGCAUACCACUAUGCUGAUGGAGGGAAACUGUAUUCGUCUUUUGGAAUUGGAGAUAAGGGAUGCAUGGCGUUACUGCGACCUGAUCAGCACCUAGCAUUUCUUUCGGAUAUAGAUGAUACGGGGGGCUUAGAACGGUUCCUGCAGUCAGUCAUGCCAGAAGCAACGCAUAAGUCUCCAGAAUAA